UGCUUCAACGAAAGUCCGUAAGGGCGGGCUUGGGUUUAGAUAAGUUGUGUAGAGUAAUGUACUUCUCCUCAUUCAAGAUUGAAUCUCCCCUUCCGAGGUUUUGAUGAAUCGAGUGUAAUUACCCAAUCGUUUGUCAAUAAAAAACCUGCAAGGUUCAAAGUAAUCAGUCUCCUUCCCUCUUCUUGACAAACAACACAGAUGAAGGGCCUUCCCUUUUUCAUCUUCUUUGCCCCUCUACUCCAAUUUUUAGUCUUACGAUUGUCCACAGCAACUGAUACCAUAUCUGCAUCACAAUCCAUCAAUGGCUCUAAUACCUUAGUUUCUUCAGGCCAAAGCUUCGAAUUAGGACUCUUCCAGGUGGGUAAUUCUAAAGCCUGGUACUUAGGAAUAUGGUUUAAGAACUUACCACAUACUGUUGUAUGGGUUGCCAACAGAGAAAACCCUCUUCCGGAUUCAUAUGGAGCCUUGACGUUAACCAAAAAUGGAACUAUGGUCCUUUUCGACCAAAUGAACAACACUAUUUGGUCCACCAUUUCUUCCCAAAUAGCAGAAAAUCCUGUUGCACAGCUUUUGGAGACCGGAAAUCUCGUUGUUCGAGACAAGGCUGCAACAGACUCCGAAAGUUAUGUAUGGCAAAGUUUUGAUUUCCCAUCAGACACUUCGUUACCAAAAAUGAAGAUCGGGUGGAACUUCAGAACAGGUCUUAACAGAUUGUUGACUUCUUGGAAAAACGCUAGUGAUCCAUCUCCUGGAGAAUAUACUUAUGGGAUCGAUCCUCUUGGAUUGCCUCAACUCGUAGUUUCCAAAGGAACAGAGAAAUUGUACCGCACGGGGCCCUGGAAUGGUCUUCGAUUUACUGGCUUUCCUAGUCCUUCAAACGAGCUCAUUGUGAAACCGAUCUAUGUCUAUGAUGCCAAUGAGUUAUAUUACAUGUACAUGGCUACUGAUAUUAUGACAGGAGUAAAGCUUACUGAGUCGGGUUUAGCCCAGCGGGUGGUGCUCAACAGAGGGAGCACUGAAUGGGCUGUUAUGUAUACUCUCCAAAAUGAUAGGUGUGAUAAUUACAGAGAGUGUGGAGCAAAUGGUUUUUGCAAAAUUUCCAAUUCACCCCCUUGUGAGUGCCUGCAGGGUUAUGUUCCAAAAUCGCAGAACGAAUGGGAGGUGCUUAACUGGACAAGUGGGUGCAUAAGGGAAACAUCACUGAGUUGCCACAAGGAUGAUGGGUUUUUGAAAGUUCCAAAUGUGAAAUUGCCGGACCUGUUGGAUUUUCAGUUGAACAAGAGCAUGAGUGUGAAACAAUGUGAGGCAGACUGCUUAAAGAAUUGUUCUUGUGUAGCUUAUACUAAUUCAGAUGUCAGGAAUGGAGGGAGUGGCUGCCUUAUGUGGUUUGGCGACCUAAUUGAUAUGCGAGAGUCCAUUGAAGAAGCUAGCCCGGAACACAUAUAUAUUCGAAUGCCAUCUUCCGAACUAGGUAAUUCCACUCAGAAGGAUAAACGAGUAGUGCUGAUCUCAGUCAUACCUGCAGUUUCUGUGCUUCUUUUCCUGGGAUUUACGUGCUUUUUGCACCUAAUAAUUCGGAAGAAGAGAGGAAAGAAAAGUGGCUCAACAUCUCCUAAGGACUUGGAAUUGCCACUCUUUGAUUUUGAGGAAAUCGCAACUGCCACCAAUAACUUCUCGUUCAGAAACAAACUCGGAGAGGGAGGGUUCGGUCCAGUUUACAAGGGGAGCCUAGGACAAGAUGAACUAAUAGCAGUCAAGAGACUCUCAAAAGAUUCCGGACAAGGUAUCGAGGAGUUUAAAAAUGAAGUUACGAUGAUAGCCAAUCUUCAACACUGGAAUCUUGUGAAACUUUUGGGAUGCUGCAUUGAAGGAGAAGAAAGGAUACUUAUCUAUGAGUACUUGCCAAACAAAAGCUUGGACUGCUUUAUAUUCGAUCAAAACCAAAAGGUGCUUCUGAAUUGGCAAAAGCGAUAUGACAUUAUCAUGGGAAUCGCACGAGGACUUCUCUACCUCCACCAAGACUCAAGAGUAAGAAUCAUUCACCGGGAUCUCAAGAGUAACAAUAUCUUACUUGACCAUGAGCUGAACCCCAAAAUUUCUGAUUUCGGAAUAGCAAGGAUUUUCGAACGCAAUCAAACCGAAGCGAAAACAAAACGUGUAAUUGGAACAUACGGAUAUAUGUCUCCGGAGUACGCAAUUGAUGGGAAGUUUUCAGUGAAAUCCGAUGUUUUCAGUUUCGGAGUGCUUUUGUUAGAGAUAAUUAGUGGCAGAAAGAACAGAGGAUUUCAUCAUGCAGAUCACAAUCACAGUCUUUUGGGACAUGCAUGGCUACUGUGGAACAAAAACAAGGGUUUGGAAGUAGUCGAUCCAUGCUUAGAGUACUCAUGUGUUGAGUUUGAGGUGCUAAGAUGCAUUCAAGUGGGUCUACUAUGCGUUCAAAAGCUUCCAAAAGACAGACCAGUAAUGUCAUCGGUGUUUCUAAUGUUAAGCAAUGAGGCAGCGAUAUUGCCACAACCGAAGGAGCCUGGUUUCUUCACAGAAAGAAGUUCCAUGGACAUCGAAGAUACCUUAGCUGGCAAAGGUAGAAGUCAGACAGGAAGCACAAUCACCCUUACAACAGUGGAAGCUAGAUGAUUGACACAUGUAGACAUGGAUUCGUACUUCCUGGUAUUUUGACAUGGAUGCUGAUUCAUUUGCGUUUAGUCAGUAACAGAAAGACUUACCUGAGUGAGAGGUUGAUUGAGAAAUAUAAAAUCUGAAAUUUUAUUGACUUAGUAUUGUUUAUUAGAACUGUAAGAGUAAGGCCAAAUAAUUCAAUUGCACAUUUUAUCAUAAAGUUAAAGCAUUGAUUGUAAUGUCAAAUAAUUCAAUUCUAAGACUGAAAAUAAUUCGAUUGCACUA